AUCGUUUUGGAGGGGCAUAAUAGAACCAUCAAUGCCCUGGCCUUCAAUCGCGACGGAACGCUCCUGGCCUCGGCCGGAGGCGAUGGUGUCGUUUUCGUGUGGGACACCACUUCGGGCACGCGUCGCCAUACCCUCACGGGCCAUGGUACUUCAGUCACAGCUUGCCAAUUCCAUCCCACCGCCCACACGCUUGUCUCGGCAGGCUCCGACGGCGUCAUCCGUGUGUGGGAUGUUUCGACGGGAGCCCUCACUUUUACCCUAGAGGGCCAUGACCAGCGCGUGACGGCCCUCGAUAUUGAAGCUCAAGGCGUGUUUUUGGCUUCUUCCUCGGCCGAUUGCACCACCCGCAUCUGGGACCUGCUCACGGGCGAGGCCGUGGCCAUGGUUCAGGAACACGCCAGUGAUGUUCACAAGGUUCGCUUCAACUCUGCCGGUAACUUGCUGGUGUCAUGCUCGGAUGACAAGAGCGUUUGCGUGGUCGACUACCGAGCAGCCCGGAUCCAUGCACGCCUUCGGGGCCAUGAAGGCCCAGUUCGUGACAUUGCCCUCAGCCCGGAUGGGUCUGUGAUCGCCAGCGUUGGCGAUGACGCCGCUCUCAUUCUAUGGGACAUGCACAGUGGCCAGCAACUGGCCAAACUUGAAGGCCACCAAGACCGCAUCUCAUGUGUCUGCUUUUCCUCGGAUGGCAGCAUGCUCAUGAGCUGCGAUGACGCGGGUGUGGCCUUGGCCUGGGACUUGAUUCCUGCCUUUGAAUCAAGUGGCUCGGGGAGCAGUGGCAAAUGCAUUAUUUCUUAG